GAGGGGAGCGGGGAAGCAGAGCGGCGGCGUGGCGGUCAGCGUCAGUCACUUCGAGCAGAGGCGGUGGGAAAUGAUCGGCAGCCCCCCUGCUGAACUCUCACAGGGCUGAGCGGCCGUCACACACUCACCACCUCUGACUGAUCAUCCCUGUUUCCUACGACUGCUCCAGCAACAGGAUGAGCUCCUCGUCAGCCAACCUUCACAACAAGCGCCUGCCCUCGGAGGCCGAGCGUGGCCAGAGGCUCCCAGAUGUGGACGCGGCACAGCAGCUCAAGUUGAGAGAGAGGCAGCGCUUCUUCGAGGAGGUCUUCCAGCAUGACGUGGAUGUCUACCUGUCCUCGGCGCACCUUUGCAUCCGAGACUACAAGAGACCUCCAAUCGGCAGCAUCUCCUCCAUGGAGGUGAAUGUGGACUUGCUGGACCAGAUGGAGCUGAUUGACAUCUCUGACCCAGAGGCUUUGGAUGUCUUCUUCAGCGCCGGGGGAGAAGAGGGGGUGCUGACCUCCCCGCUGCCAGUGCAAGGAAACAACAACGACAAGGAGGUCAUCAGUAAUGGACUCUUUCGACAUGUCCUUGAGGGUCUUGAGGCCAAGUCCCGCAUGUCCUCCACAUCUUCAAACUCCUCUUCCGACAGCCAGACCAUGAACGCCAGCGGGGGGGACACCCCUGUAGUCAGGUCAGACGAUGAGGAAACACAAACCAGCACAGUCAAGAGAAGAGCCGCGCCUCCAGAGCCGGAGAAGGUGAAAAAUCAGAGUCCAUCACCAUCCUCAUAGGAUGCACCGUCUCCACAUUAGAUCUCCACCUGCAGCACCACAGCUGACACCUCGGCAGGGGGCAAAGAGCUGACUUUGGUAUUUGAGGCCUCUCAGCUGCGACUGCCUUCCACACACCGGCUCCUAUCACUGCUUUCAAUCUCUCCUUUGAUUCACGAGUUGUUGGUUGGGUCCUGUGUUAGUUUUGGAGGUGGGGACCGUGAACUGUAAAUACGGAGAUUUCCAAUGAAUUCUCACCUGCUUUCAUUCUUGUCUUGGCAUGUUUUGAAGGACAACACUUGUUCCCCUGUUUCUGAUCUCACAGGACUUGCAGUUGAUGAACAAUGACUUUUCUAUUUCGUAUUUAUCGGUAUUAACACAACCCAAGACAAGCAGUGACUGGAAUAAAGAAUGAUAUUUGGAUGACGUAUGUGUUGAGGUAAAGUUAGUGGUCGCAAGCUUCAGAUUAUUAAAAUGUACUGUUUUUGAAAGCAACACAUUGUCCUGCCAAUGCAAAUUCUGUUUUCUAGCUCUAAUUUUAAAUGAAUCUCUCACAAGAUGUCUUUGUUUUAACAAUAAAGGAGGAAAAGAUAUUCAUGA